UGUCUGACAGUAGACAAGUGAGACCAGUUAAAUCAACAUGUCGACAGGCUGCUGUCGAGGUAGAUUUAGCCUCCUUUAUGUUAUAAUAGUCUUAAUAUUUUCAGCAUUAGGGUAUUUUAUAUAUUCUGAAACUACUCCUGGGGGAUACACUCAAUGGACUAGCUGGUCUGUGUGUUCCAAAACCUGUGGAGAAGGAUUACGUGGCAGAUCUCGAACAUGCACUGCUCCAAGACCGGGAGUCAUUGGCAAAGAUUGUGAAGGACCUUCGUAUAUGACAGGCAAAUGUUACAUCGUAGAUCACUGCCCUAUUGAUGGAGGUUAUACAGAGUGGAGUAGUUAUGGAGAAUGCGAUAAGGCGUGCGGCGGAGGAGUAAAAGUAAGGACUCGAAAAUGUGCAAACCCGAGUCCACAAUACGGAGGGAAAGCUUGCGAAGGAAGUUCUAUCGAGAAGAUGGAUUGUAAUGUUCAACCUUGUCCUGUCAAUGGCGGUUACUCAAGCUGGGGAGCAUUUAGUAAAUGUGAAAUAACUGGAGAUAAGAACUGUGGUAAAGGAAAACACGUACGAASAAGAACCUGUAAUAAUCCUGUUCCUCAACACGGAGGGAAAGCUUGUGAAGGAGCCGAUAGUGAAACAGCAGAAUGUGAAAUACCUUGCCCAACGACUCCACCGCUAAACACCACAUCUAAAUCACUAAAUAUGACAUCUACAUCAGAUCCUACUACAGUUAAAGCUUCCUAAACACUUCUCACGUAAGGCAUUGUAAAAUGAAUGGAUACGCUUGAAGGAUUUGAAAUGAUUUUGACAAAUUUUAUGAAAUUUUGUUCUCUAAAUAAUAACACAACUAUUGCAAUAUUUCUCCGAAAAUUUUGCACUAAACUUAUGUAAAAACUAUUCCAUUAAAAUGUUGCUYACUUAAAUCUUA